CUGUGCUGGAGUGUGUAGAUAUGAAGGAGAAGGUGGAAUGUGUUCCAUUCGUCUAAGUGAGCCCCUCCUAAAGUUAAGACCAAGGAAGGAUCUUGUUGAGACACUGUUGCAUGAAAUGAUCCACGCCCUGCUUUUUGUUACUAAUAAUGACAAAGAUCGUGAAUCUCAUGGACCAGAGUUCUGCAAACACAUGCAUCGCAUUAAUCGCUUGACUGGAGCCAAUAUUACAAUCUAUCAUAGUUUUCAUGAUGAGGUGGACUUGUACCACCAGCACUGGUGGCGUUGCAAUGGUCCCUGUCAAAAUAGAAAACCUUACUUUGGGUAUGUGAAACGUUCGAUGAAUAGAGCACCCUCUGCACGAGACCAUUGGUGGGUUGAGCAUCAAGAGACAUGUGGAGGUACAUUCACAAAAGUCAAGGAGCCAGAGAACUUCUCUAAGAGAUCAAAGGGAAAAACCCAGCUAGCAAAACUUCCAAAUUCUGAGUCAAAUAACAAAGGUAAGACACAAACACGUGAUACGCAAGAUGUGAUGCCUUUUAGUGGAAAGGGAUAUCGGCUUGGAGAAGACGAUGGACUCUCAGAAAAAAGCACAGAUUUCAGCAGCACUCUUAGAAACAAUGAAAUACCUGGUUCACAUCAUCGUUCAGCCAUAAGGACAAUACCAAUCCCUACAAGUGAGAUAAAAUUUGAAAAGUCACCCCGUAGUGACAUCUUCUUUCCACUUUAUUCUGAUGAUGCCAGUGAGAAAAUCAACUUAGCUUCAGAGUGUGAGUUUCCGAAACUCUCUGUUGCUAAUACAAAAGCUUACGAGAAUGUUGAUGGACCUCCUGUUAAAAUUGCUUGUGUUAUGGAAGAAGGACCAAACCAAGGUUCUGCAAAUGGGAAGAGGGUUAUGCCAUAUUAUAACAGGCCACCGAAACAAAUGUGUUUUGAGCAGGCAACAGCUCAGGUUGCAUCUGAGAAAAAAAGCACCAAGUGUACUAAUACAAUGCAGCAAUGGCCAAAAAUGGAAGACGCAACUGCCUUUGAAAACUAUUUUAUUAAAAAAAGGAGUACUGAUGUCACUUUAAGUGUAAAUACACCUAUAAAAACCAAAGCUGAAUCUACAUUCUCCUCUGCAAGUUCCAGCACUGCUGUAAGGCAGGAUAAAAAAGUCAGUUGUCCUGUUUGCCAGACUGAGGUUUUGGAGUCUAAAAUAAAUGAACACCUUGAUUCUUGUCUUGCAUAA